CCGCCGUGUUUCCCCCGGGCCGCGGGGCGGCGCAGGCGGAGGCUAAGCCGAAGCCGGGAAGCGGGACUCAGAGGCCGCGCGGUGCAGCUGCUGCUGGUUCCCGGCCUGCCGGCCACCCCCCCACUGUCACCCUGGCGCUGCGUUGCUUGGAUGGCGUCUUCCUCUCCCCCAAUGAGAAUGACUUCGUGUGCAAGGUCGCUGAAGAACUGGACCAUUUUCUGCUCCAAAACCAGCAUGAGAAAGUUCUCUUGUUCCCCCCCUUGUCCAGCCGCCUCAGGUACCUGAUCCACAGGACCGUGGACAAUGUCGAUUUGUUAAGCAGCUUUUCUGUCGGGGAAGGGUGGAAGAGGAGGACUGUUAUAUGUCACUCAGUCAUAAGGUUGCCCGAGGAGCCUGGCGAUCAGAACAGUUCCUCCAGCAACACGGCGAGAUCCCACCGCCCUCUCCAGUCAAGAGGCAGGGGAGGCAGAGCCGCAGGGCUGCGCCACGCGGAGAUGCCUGCCGAUGGCUCUCGAGUCAACAGAGGUAUCGGCAGGACUAGGCGACCGCCCCGGAGGAAGCCGGAUAAAGCUUUGUAUGUUCCCAGGGGGGUGCGCGAAAAACUGGAGGAGUUGAGAAAUGAAAGCCUGGCCGUAGCUGGAGCUGAGCCAGAUGAUGAUGUCGUGCGAGAGGCAGGGAGCUGCAUUGAAAGUGCAACCGAUGGGACCCCAGAGGAGUUGGGUAACUUUGAGGCCACUACAAAUUCCAGCAGGGUAGCAAGUCAUCUUGAUCCAGUCCCUGGCAAGGAACUUCAUGAAGUCCAGGGCCCUAAAGAGGCAUAUGAAGAACAUAUUGUGGGUGAAAUCGGUGGUGAUAAAAGUAACAAGUGUCCAGUGGACUGUUCAGAUGUCUCUGUGUUGGAGUGUGCCAGGAACCUAUCUGCAUUGGAUAAAGACUGUUCAGAUGCCCCUGUAAUGGAGUGUAGCAAAACUCUAUCCCAACAUGAAGACCAGGAUAACAGCAGUACAGAUGCCACUGUAUUGGAGUGUAGCAAAAACCUGCACCAAAUAGAAGAUCAAGAUAAAGAUACCAUGGAUGCCAGUGUAUUGGAGUGUAGUGAAAAUGUACUGGUCCUGGAAAACCAGGAUAAAGGCUCUAUGAAUGCCACUCUAUCAGAGUGCAGCAAAAACCUAUCCCUACCAGAAGACCAGAAUAAGGAGUCUGUGGAUGCCUCCAUAUUGGAACACAGCAAGAACUCUUCAGUACUUGAAAACCAGGAUGAGGGCUGUACAGACAUCAUCGUAUUGGAGCGUAGCCAAAACCUAAGUCUCCCAGAAAAUCAGAAUCAAAGCUGUAGGGAUGCCCGCGGAAUGGAGUAUGGUAAAAAACCAUCUGUACUGGCAGACCAGGAUAAGCACUGCAUGGAUACCUGUGUACUGGAUCGUGCCCAAAAGAUAUCCCUACCAGAAGAUCAGGACGAGGACUGUACAGUCCUGGCGGGCAGACUGCGGUGUGGGUUGGAAUUGUCUGUGGAGGAUAGAGGCACCGAAAACCCUGCAGUGGAUGAGCAGAGCAGCGUAGAGGAUGACUGUGGUGCUGAACUCUUGCAAGAGAUUGCAACUUAUUUGACUGUAAAGGACAUUAGCGUCGAGAAGAUCCAGUUCGAUUAUUCCAGCUAUGGGGAUGCACAGAUCAAUGAAGGAGAUUUUGGACAUGUUAUAGAGAUCUACGAUUUCUUGCCAUCCCUGAAAACGGAGCAUCUGAUGGAAGCAUUUUCAGAGUUCCACAAGAGUGGUUUCAAAAUUCAGUGGGUCGAUGACACUCAUGCCCUGGGUAUCUUUUCCAGUCUGGCAGCAGCAUCUCAGGCCUUAGGACAGAGUUAUCCUUCUCUAAAGAUCCGAUCCUUGAUUCACGGGACAAGACAGUCUAAAACCAAGGCACUUCAACGACCAAAGCUCCUUCAGCUGGCUAAAGAGAGACCCCAGACUGACACUGCAGUGGCUAGAAGGCUGGUGACAAGGGCUCUGGGUUUGCAGCACAAAAAGCAGAGUGUCUCAGGUGGUGACAUGCUACAGCCCGAGAACUUGGAGCUGGAAGAGUAAACUGACUU